AGUUUGAACUGUCUCAAGUCUCAACUCUCAUAUCAAAAAUGUAAACAAACGGGUUUACAUUGAAAAUAAAUACAGAUUUCGUGAUACCUGAUUAGAAUUUAGAAAGCAGUAGUGCUACUUUAGUUUUGAGUCCUAAUUACUGCUUACGUUGCGUUAACGUUCUAACAUGCGUAAAUAAAUGAUAAAUUGGAAUAUUCUAAAUGUUCCUGUGAAUUAUUUUUAAAAUCGAAUAGGGCUUUAUUAUAGUUUUAACUAUGAAUUUUAAAGUGGACAGGGGCUUAUUGCCCGUGAAAAUCCAUUUUUUCUUCUUCUUCGCUGCUCUGGGUCCACUGCUGCCGCAGAUGAACGUGUUCGGGAGACAGCUGGGAGUGUCGCCAGGUGUGAUGGGGCUGGUGACUGCAGUACUACCCCUGCUGUGGGCUGCAGCGAAGCCUAUAUUCGGAUAUGUCGUAGAUUUUUGGCCAAACCAUCGAAAACUCGUAUUUAUGCUACUCAUAGCUACAAUGUCCGGAUCAUACUGUGGCUUUUGGUUCCUACCUAUGCCUGAAGAACCCUCGAUUCCUGAACCUCUACUCGAAUCCAUAUAUCCACUAAACGACACGAUUUAUCUAAAGAAAUAUGAAAAGUCUGAUGACCUUAUUGACAGAUUCAACUGUCAUUGGAACUGCACUACGGAUAAAAAAUUCAUUGUCUACUUGUCAAAUGCUACGUACAUAAAUACGAUGUAUAUAGACGGUGUCGUGACGAAUACGACUUGCUCGCUCUUACAUAUGGACUUGGAUAGUGUGCGCGAGGGAGAUGUAACGUGUAUCCCAGGCAGUGAUUGUAAUUUGUUAUGCUACGAAGAAACAAUAGGGCUGUUAAAUGAGAGUGCUCGUAAUAUGUCGAGCUUGAAGACUGGUUUGGAUGGCAGCGAUGACGUAAUCAAAAUGGCGGAUGUUGAAGUUGAGGGUAGCUUUUAUUUGACUGUGACGUUUUGGGCAUUCGUGAUACUGAUGUGCUUGGGAACGGUCGCCUUUAACGUUGCAAAUUGUAUCGGAGACGCUGUGUGCUUCGAUGUGCUAGGUUCAGACAGAGGCUCCAGGUAUGGAUCGCAGCGUGCCUGGGGAACUGUGGGCUAUGGCGUGACGGCCUUAUUGGGCGGUUGGCUGGUCGAUGUCUACUCCGGGACCUAUAAGGACUUCACUCCGGCUUUUAUAAUUGCAAUUGUGGCUACUGCCGUUGAUCUGACUAGCUGCAGGGCGCUAACCCUACCCUCAUUAAGCAGUCCCGAUGAUGCGGGUAAGGCGUUACGCGACGUGUUGAAGAUACCGCGUGUCGUGGUGUUCAUUGUAUUCGCCGUGGUCGCCGGCACCUUUGACAGCUUCAUAAUAUACUACAUGUUUUGGUUCCUUGAAGAGUUGGCGGAGCAGACUGGUUCCAUGGCUCAAAUAAAGCUGAUAGAGGGCGUGGUGGUCGCGGCUGAGAGUUUCAUCGGGGAACUGUUGUUUUUCUUUUUCUCAGGUAAAAUUAUAAAAAAAUGGGGCUACGGCACCACAAUGACGUUCGCACUGUUCUGCUACGGUCUUCGGAUGGUGAUGAUAUCCUUGAUCCAGCAUCCCUGGCAUCUGGUCUUCAUUGAGAGUAUAAUGCAAGGGCCGACAUACGCUCUAUGUUAUUCUACCAUAGUGGGAUACGCGGCGCACGUCGCUCCCGAGGGAUACUCUGCUACCGUGCAGGGGAUAGUAGCAGGAAUGGACGACGGUGUUGGUUUUGCGCUCGGCUCCCUGGUGGGGGGUCAGCUGUACAGUCGACUGGGGGGGCGCGGCGCGUUCCGUCUGCUGUCAGUCGUCGCUGUGCUUGCGGCCGGGACGCACGCAUUUCUGUUCAACUCCGUCACGAAACGAGCGGCCGCACACAAGGAAAGGCAGCCAAUCUCACUAGAGGAAGGGGAGAAAAUGUUAGCCAUGCAAAGUGACGCCAUCUAUCGCGACACUGUGGUACCAAUCGAUGAUAAAACUCACAGUUGAAUAGACAAUCUGUUUUAUGUCAAUUAAUCUUGUAUUAGUUAAUUCAGAUUACCACAAACCUGUUGUAAUUAUAUUGUAAGGGCGAUUUCUUUAAUAAAACUAAUAAAUUAGAUCGGUGCACAAUUCAUGCAUUGCUCUUUUGUACAUUUUGGUGGCUAGAUGGCGCGGUUUGUGAUACUAUGUAAUUUUUGUGAGAUAUUUAGACUGAGAUAAUAGUACAGGAGCUGACUCAGAAGCCACCUUCACUGAUCUGUUUACUGGAUAAACAGUAUUUUAUGGAUAUAUUUAAUCUUAAAUUGGGCGUUUUGUCUAAAAAAAUAUUAUAUUUUUUUAAUAUCAAUCGUUUUAGAGACAAAUUACAUAUCGAAUGAAAGAAUGAAGCUUUAAGAAUAUGAAGAUGUUUGCUUGACUAUUUUUUCCGUUGUUACUAUCGUGUUGGUAAGUUUUAAACAGUUAAUACUAAUAAUUUGCACUCAUCUGUUUAAUAAUAUGAUAUAGAAAUAAUUUCAUUCCUAACACUGCAGCAGGAUUGGUUGGAAUCUGCCAAGGAGCUUGUAUUACUAAAGUAUAGAGAAGUUAUCUAUUUUCUAGGUUUUGUUAGUUUCUAACAAAAGUUCGCUAUAGAGUUGAAACAAUAAUUUGUCGUCAGACCAGAUAGUAUUGAUUUGCGGCGAUAGAACGCUCAUACGUACAGUAUUCUCGUGAUUAAAAGACUGUUUUAGAUACCGUAGCAUAUUAAUGAACUAUUUUUAAUUUACUUGAAUAAAAAAUUCUACUUAAAAGUUAGUAAAGUUUAAAAAGUUUGUUAAUCAAGUUAACAAUUCAUAAGUAAAGACUUAUGAAUUGUUAUAUAUCUCUCAAUGUCACAUUUUGAUUUAAAUUAUCGUAUUGUUAGAUUUGGUCUGUACGCCCCACUACGUGGAUAUCGAAGACACACUAAAGUAAGAUGUACGGAUUGCAAUAUAGUUCAGUUGAACUGAACAUAGUGAUUGUUCGGAUCGCGAAAUCGGUCUCUGCGGAAAAUUUUUUUUGAAUUCUAGUUGAAAUUAUAAUAAAUUAUAACCUUGGCAAUAUUUUUUAAGACAACUCAUUCUCAACAUAUUUUAAAUAUACUAAAAAAGAUACAAAAUUAUUUUCAUAUAUGAAACGGAUGAGUGAAGGUAGUUUCCUAUUUGGAUCUUAGACUAUGUAUUCACGGACGAGUAAAAAAAUAAGGACUACGUGUCACCUUACAUAACAGUGAGGCACCAAAACAAGCCGGUAAACUUGUAAGUACAUAGCCCCACGCACACACUUACACUAAUACAAGCCGAUCGGCCGCCAUUAUGAGAUUUGCCAUGGUCUGUGACAGAUCAGUUUGCGUCACAAUAAAAUAUUUUAAAAAUGCCGUAGUGCGUUGUGAAAAAAGUGUAAAAACAAUACUUUAAAAUUAUUUGUGGAUAUAUGAUUAUUUAAGGGAGAGAAAAUUGUGAAACUGGUAUACCCCGUAACCGCACACACUAGCAAAAAGGUGCUUCACUUGCUAAUAUCACGGCGCGGAGUCCUUCUAUAUUUACUAGUCCGUGUAUGUAUUAUGAUACGAUGGUAAAGGCAUUGUGAGAUCAUUCGACUGGAAAUUUUUAUAUAAUGUACGUAUAUCAUAUAAAUAAUGAAUUGAUAGAAUUGCCUGAGCGCUCAUUUUUGUAUUAAAUUAUGGAUGGAGUGCCAAGUAAGAAUAUUAUUUUUUAUCGUGACAUGUGUAAAUAAAGUACAUAUCAAGCUUUAAAUCGUGAAAUUACACCUUUUAUGUGUAAACAUGGCCGUGUAUAUAACCUGGUCGAUAUUAAACUGUUGUAUUUUUAUUGAACAUAUUAUAUUUUUAGUCAAAUGUUGCUAGAAUGAAAUUAAAUAAGUUGUGUAUUUUUUAUAAAUGUUUUAAAGUAAAGUUUAUGGGUACAAUUUUUUCGUGGUGAUCCUAUUGAGACGGCGUAAGCUAGAACUUUCUAGAACAACUUUUUUCAUUUUGUACCUGAUUGUUUGAAUGUGCCAUAGAUUGUAGAGGCUCGCUUUUUUGUUUAAAUAUAUUGUUUAUUCUAAUUGCAUUGUAAUAAUGCAGAUUAUUUCAUAUUUUAUUUCAUUUAUACAUGUACCUCAGUAUAUUAAUAUUAUAUAUAAUUAAAUGUAUGAUUGUGAUACGAACAAAAUAGUUAUCAAUUUUGAAGAUAUUUUUAAUCCUUUGUUUUAUAUUCCCAUGCAAAAGAUAGAAUUUAUUAUAUAUACUUCGCUAAGAAAUCCUCGAUUUUAAUCCUCCAUUACUUAUACUAAGGCCAACGAGACGGGAUAAAGAAUGUAAACAAAUGGACCAUUUCUGACCGAUUACUAUCUCUGUCCCUAUCACUCGUACGCACUAAUGGCGUCAGUUGGGCGAUGACAGCUGUCGUUGUGUGUUUCGUAGUUGUCAACAUUUGGUCCGCCAUUUUGUGGUCAAGUUCAUUCCUGUUUGGAUUGCGUUCGAAGUGAUUCAUAUAUUUUCGUUUCCAUAUAUAUUUACUUUGUUUUUUUUUAUUAUCAAUCAGUUGCUGUUAGUUUUCUUAUUGAUUUAUGCUGUUAUUGUGUUUAUUGUUGAUUUUAAUUGUGAAAUCAUGGGAGCUCUAGACAUCCUUUGAAAGAUUUAGAGAGAUAUAAUUGAAUUUGAGAGUUUUGUCAUAAAUACGGCCGAUUCGGACUCUUCCGAUGAAUCAUGUUUGUCUAAAACAGACGUCGGCUGCAGCGUUUAGAAUAUAGAAUACAUAAUUUGCAUAUAAUUUAUUCAAAUUAAAAUAUUUUGCAAAAGCCCUGAAACUUUGUUAAUAUUCUUUACCUCGUAUCGUUGGCCAUACUUUAGUCCGCCAUGUUUGGAAAUCCGCCAUAUUGGAUUUGUAAUGAAGAAAUUUUGAUCCACGCAAUGACUAACCAAUUUCGGAUCAAUAUGGGAUAGCUAUUUGAAAAGCCAAGAUUAAUCCUAGAGACAUAUUAUUAGUUAUAUCCCUGACUCGUUAUAUUUCGAAAUACAAUUUGAACGGACACUGGGAAACCGUAUUACUUAUUUUGUUAAAUAUUUUAUGUACAAGUUAUGACUAACGAUGUAUUCAAUUUGAAUUAUAAUUAAAGACUUUAUAUUUGAA